AUGGCCGACGCAGACGAAGAUGUCUCGCUUUUAGGCGUGCAGGAAGGCGUGGAGCACGACCCUGCCGAGGAAACGCAGGACUUCCGCUUCCUUGACAAGCUAAUAGGAGGCCACGACGUAGCGCAUCUAUCCCUACCCAAGCGCGGGGAGAAAGACUUUGAAUCGCACGCGACGAACCUACAGCUCGACACCCUCGAAGCCUCGCGGCAGGCCAUGUACGGCGUCUUGUCCUGGCAGCGAACGCACACGCAGAAGAACCACAUCUUAGCGCAAUACCACCCAGAGACAAACACGGUCUGUGUCGAAAAAGUUAAGUCGCAGCACUUCCAGACCAUCGGACGCUCGAAAGGCGGAAAGGAAUGGCUGCUGCCAGAAGAGGCGCUCUUCAUGAUUGAGAGGGGAAGCUUAGAUUGCAGGUGGCCUGUCGAGGAGCAAGAGGGCGUACCACAGAGCCACAGGACAGAAGAGGGCGCACCAAUGAGCCUACAAGCAGCUUAUGCUGCCUUCAUUGGGUACGAAGAAGGCGUCGGUGGGAAGUUGACGCUGGACAUGUACAACGUAUACGCAGGACUCAAGAGAUCCGGCUACGUCGUAUUCCGCACAGGCACAUGGAACGACGAUCGUGGAGACUUGUUGGUCCAAGACGCGAAUGCGCAAAGCGACGGGAUGCCGGGACCGAGCAUUCUCACACGCUUCUUCUCGGACAUCUGGCGACGCAUAAGCCAGCCGUCGAACACAGUUACUCCCGAAAGCCUCUCCUUCGGCCCACUCAUCAAGCCAGGGCUUUACCGAAGCUACAGCGACGUGUAUCGCCUCCUGAACAUUAUUCCAUCCCACGACCGCAAAGCGCCGUCGUCGUUUAUCCUACCGCCGGCCGCCGACAACCCCUUCCGUGUACACUUCGACGUCUACAGGACUACGUCCGGCUUCCGCAAGACUGCACGCGGCGCUCCCGACUUCCGAAUUUGUGUCAUCAAUGCGCGCGAAACCCCCAUCCCGACAAGCGCACAACUGAACGACCUCUUCGCACAGGUGCCCGAAGACAGGCCCAAGGUUGGCGCACAGCAUUACCAGAAGCUGAAGCACGGGUGCAGAAACGUGCUUCUGGCCGUCGUCGACAACGGAGUGCCUAGCUACAUCCGAGUUGCUGAUACGCCCUUUGACGAGGUCAAGAUUUAUGAACGAUCAGGAGUAGGGCCCAGAGGCAAAGGUGGGCGAGGAAGGGGCGGCGGGCGAGGACGGGGCAGGGGAAGAGGAAGAGGGAGAUGA